AACCGUGUCUCCUUGUUUCCUGGAUCCUUCUCACCUGGUGAACUGAAUCACCUAAGUCACUAAACAGAAGCAAAUCCCUCGCUUGAGCCUCGCAGGUUUUCAAAGACUCUGCCGAGGUUUCAGCCAUGUUACGUUGCGUUCUUCAGCGAGCCAACAACCUGAGACACUCUCACCCUCUGGCUAGUGUCACAUUCAGAGGGUCCAAGAAGAAGACAAAGGUCAUCAAGAACAACUGCAACCCUGUUUGGAACGAGGGUUUCGAAUGGGAUCUGAAGGGGAUCCCUCUGGACUCCGGUGCAGAGGUGCACUGUGUCGUCAAAGACCAUGAGAAGAUGGGGAGAAACAGGUUUCUGGGGGAAACCCGGCUGGCUCUCAGAGACGUUCUCAACUCCCCCAACCUGGCCGCCACCUUCACCGUCUCCCUGCUUGACACCAAGAGAAACAACACAGGGGCCACGCUGACCCUGCAGGUUUCCUACGUCCCUCCUCCAGGAUCGGCUCCAAUGUUUCAUCAUCCUCCUCAGCCUGACGCUCUGUCCCAUAACAACAACCCCAAUGUGGAGAUGGACACAGUCACAAUGAUUUCUCUGGACACGCUGGGCGAGGAGGAUACAGAGAGUAUGAUCAUGGUGGAGCCGACAGAGGACCAGGGGCCCGACGACGGGCGCUCCAUGGUCAUCAUCGGCCCUCAGGGGCCCUCGGGUCAGGAGUCCCCCACCGCCCAGACGCCUAAGCGCUCUCCGCCGUCCUACAACACCCAGGGAGGGCUGAGGAAGAGGAGGAGAGGAGCCAGCAGUCAGCAAAAAACACUGCCCAACAAACCUCAGGACUUACAGGUCCGUGUGCAGGUCAUCGAGGGCCGACAGUUGCCUGGCAUCAACAUCAAGCCUGUUGUCAAGGUAACGGUAGCCGGGCAGACCAAGAGGACCCGCAUCAGAAAGGGCAACAACCCCGUCUUUGAUGAGACGUUCUUCCUGAACUUCUUCGAGACUCCAUCAGACUUGUUCGAUGAACCCAUCUUCAUCACUGUGUGUGACUCCCGCUCACUCAGAACUGAUGCUGUGAUCGGUGAAUUUAAGUUGGAUGUGGGCACCGUCUACAAUGAGCACAGACACUGCUUCUUGAGGAAAUGGCUGCUGCUGUGUGACCCCGACGACCUCUCUGCUGGGGUCAAAGGUUACCUGAAGGUCAGCCUGUUGGUUUUGGCAGCUGGAGAUGAGCCACCGGCUGAUAAACGGGAGUAUGUUGAAGAUAAAGAAGACAUAGAAGGAAACCUGCUGAGACCGGCUGGUCUGUCUCUGAGAGGAGCCACUUUCAACCUGAGGAUCUUCAGAGCUGAAGAUCUGCCACAAAUGGACGAUGCCUUCAUGGAUGGAAUGAGGCAGAUUAUGGGGUUUGACAGCAACAGGAAGAACCUGGUGGAUCCUCUGGUGGAGAUCCACUUUGCUGGAAAAACUGUCUGCACUAAGAUUCUGGAGAAGAACGCCAAUCCACAAUGGAACCAGAGUCUGGCUAUGCCGAUUAGGUUUCCCUCCAUGUGCGAGAAGAUGAGGAUCAGAAUUCUGGACUGGGACAGAGCAAGUCACAAUGAUGUCAUUGGCACCACCCACCUCUGUAUGUCUAAGAUCUCCGCCCCCGGUGGGGAGAUAGAUGUUGAUGACAGUCUUGGUUUCCUGCCAACGUUCGGUCCCUGUUUCGUCAACAUGUAUGGCAGCCCCAGAGAGUUCACCGCCUUCAACGAUCCGCACGAAGCGCUCAACCUCGGAAAAGGUGAGGGCGUGGCGUACCGAGGCCGAGUUUUAAUGGAGCUAACUACGAAACUGGCAGACAAGCCGGAGCAGAAAAAUGAAGAAAUACCAUCAGAUGACCUGCUGGUGGUGGAGAAAUUUCUAAGGAAGCGGAAGUUCUCUCUCUUCGUGGCGUUUUACUCGGCCACGCUCCUCCAGGACGUCGACGACGCCAUCCAGUUCGAGGUCAGCAUCGGUAACUACGGCAACAAGUUCGACUACACCUGCCUCCCUCUGGCCUCCACCACCCAGUUCAGCAGGGCUGUGUUCGACGGUUGCCACUACUACUACCUCCCCUGGGGAAACGUUAAACCAGUAGUGGUUCUGUCUUCAGAGUGGGAAGAUAUCAAGCCGAGGAUCGAGGCUCUCAACAUGCUGCUGGGGAUCAUCGAGAGACUGGAGGUGAACCUGCAGCGGGUGCAUCUGGAGGUGAAGGUCAGUGAUCUGGAGGAGGUGGAGCUCCGAGUGGUGGAGCUGUUGGAUCAGGUCAUUAUAGACUGCAGUGAAGAGCUGCCCUCGAUCGACCAGUGGCAGUGUGCGACCCCUCUGGACCGCUCGCUGAGGCACAUUCGUACCCUCCACCUGCAGCAGAUCGUAGCGGCGGCGGAGUCUCUCAAGCACGGAACCGCCACCGAGCUGUCCACGGUGCUGGAGCAGGUCGAGGACUGGGCCAGCAGGCUGAGGACAAUGGCCGAGGAGCCUCAGAACAGUCUCCCAGACAUCGUGAUAUGGAUGCUGCAGGGCGACCGCAGGGUGGCGUACCACCGCAUCCCAGCACACACCGUGAUCUUCUCCCAGCAGCACUGUGGGAAACACUGCGGACAGCUGCAGACCGUCUUCCUCAAGAACCCACAGUACAGCGGCAGAGAGGCCAAACUUCCGGGUCAGCUGAGGGUCAAAGUCUGGUUCGGAUUGGCCGCUGACGUCAAACACUUCAACCAAUACGCUGAAGGGAAACUGUCGGUCUUUGCUGAGACGUAUGAGAACCAGACCCGACUCGCCCUGGUGGGCAGCUGGGGAACUACAGGUCUGACCUACCCGAAGUUCAGCGACGUCACUGGACGAGUCCGACUGCCCAAAGAGAGCUUCAAACCCUCUCCGGGCUGGACCUGGACCGGAGACUGGUACAUCAGCCCCGAGAAGACGCUGCUGUUUGACGUGGACGCCGGUCACAUGACCUUCACAGAGGAAGUGUUUGAGAACCAGAUGAGGUUACCGGGCGGACAGUGGAUUGGCAUGCCGGAGGGCUACACUGACGUGAAUGGUGAGAAGGCGGUGCCAAAGGACGAGGUGGAGUGUCCUCCAGGUUGGGUUUGGGGGGACGAGGAGUGGAGCGAAGAUCUCAACAGGGCUGUGGGUGAUCAAGGCUGGGAGUACGGCAUCCCCAUCCCUCCAGACCGCCGCCCCAAGUCAUGGGUGCCGGCAGAGAAGAUGUACCACACCAACCGAAGACGGCGAUGGAUACGACUGAGACAGAGAGACCAGCAGAAGAUGGAAGCUCUCAGAAAGCAGCGUCCAGAUGAGGCGGAGAGGGAGGGGUGGGAGUACGCCUCGCUGUUCGGCUGGAGGUUCCACCUGAAGCCGAGGAAGACGGACAGCUUCAGGAGGCGCAGGUGGAGGUACCGCAUGGAGCCGCUGGAGAAGACUGGAGCGGCGGCCAUCUUUGCUCUGGAGUGUUCUCUGAGCAGCAUAGAGGACAAGAACGAAGACAAGUCCAUCACGACCACGUUCGGAGUCAACAGACCGACCAUUUCCUGUUUCUUUGACCGCGGCACCCGCUACCACCUGCGCUGCUACCUGUACCAGGCCAGAGACCUGCCGGCGAUGGACAAAGACAGCUUCUCAGACCCCUACGCCAUCGUGUCCUUCCUCCAUCAGUCCCAGAAAACAGUGACGGUGCGCAACACCUUGAAUCCCACCUGGGACCAGACGCUCAUCUUCUACGAGGUGGAGAUCUUCGGCGAGCUCGAGGCCACGAUGGCCGCUCCGCCCAAUGUCACGGUGGAGCUGUACGACCAGGACACAUACGGUGCGGAUGAGUACAUGGGCCGCUGUGUGUGUCAGCCCUCCAUGAGUUCCUCCCCACAUCUGGCCUGGUUCCCGAUCCGCAGAGGGGACAAGAGCGCCGGCGAGCUGCUGGCCGCCUUUGAGCUCAUACGCAGAGAAAAGCCAGCUGUUCAUCAUAUUCCAGGUCAAGAGGGAGACAUGAUGACCUCCACCCACGUUCUUGACGAGUUGAUGUUUCCAGGAUUCCUCUCUGAAAACCUGGAGCAAUGGCCGGAGGAGUCCGACCUUCCUCACAUGCCCCCUCAGAGAGAAGCCAACGUCUUCAUGGUUCCUGAGGGGAUCAAACCUGUUCUGCAGAGAACCGCCAUCGAGAUCUUAGCGUGGGGCGUUCGCAACCUGAAGAGCUUCCAGUUGGCCAGUAUCACCUCCCCGAGCCUGCAGGUGGAGUGCGGAGGCGUCACGGUGCAGAGCUGCGUCAUCCGCAGCAUGAAGAAGAAGCCCAACUUUGACGUCAACACGCUCGUCCUUGAUGUGAGACUUCCCUGCGAGGAGCUCUACAUGCCGCCGAUCGUCAUCAAAGUCAUCGACAACCGUCAGUUCGGGAGGAAGCCGGUGGUCGGUCAGUGCACCAUCCGGUCCCUGGAGGAGUACCGGUGCAGACCGGAGGAGGAAGGAGCGUUGGAGGAGGAAGAGGAUGAUGAAUGGAGACGUGUGACGCCGCAGUUAAUCAGUGGGGAUGUUUUCAUUGACAUCGAUGACGAGGAGCCACUCAUGCACGACCAGCUCGCAGAUGGAUCCGGCUCUGCUAUCAUUAACCUUUCCGCCUCUAGUACCAGCCUUCAUGGUGAGGAGUUCCUGGACUGGUGGAGUAAGUUCUACGCCUCGAUCGGAGAGAAAAACAAGUACGGGCCCUACCUGGAGAAAGGCUUAGACACGCUGCAGGUGUAUGGCGGUGAGUUGGAGAAGGUCGAGGGUUUUGAAGGUCUCUCAGAUUUCUGUCAGACUUUCAAGCUGCAAAGAGGAAAGACGCAGGAUGAAGGAGAAGAUCCUUCAGUGGUGGGAGAGUUCAAGGGAAUGUUCAAGAUCUACGAACUGCCCGACGACCCUUCCGUCUCCGUUCCCCCCAGACAGUUCAGAAAGCUUCCUCCCAACGGCAUCGAGGAGUGUUUGGUCCGAAUCUACGUCAUCCAGGCCAAAGGACUGCAGCCCAAAGACACCAACGGGAAGUGUGACCCCUACGUGAAGAUCGCUUUGGCGAAAAAGACCAUCAGCGACCAUGAAAACUACAUCCCAUGUACACUGGACCCUGUCUUUGGAAAGAUGUUCGAGCUCACCUGUUCUCUCCCGCUGGAGAAGGACCUCCGGGUGAUGCUGUACGACCACGACAUGCUGACCAAAGACGAGAAGAUCGGAGAGACGGUCAUCGACCUGGAGAACCGCUUCCUGUCCAAAUACGGAGCCAUGUGUGGCCUGCCGCAGUCCUACAGCGUGUCGGGGGUAAACCAGUGGCGGGACCAGCUGACCCCCAGUCAGCUGCUGUACAGAGUGUGUGAGCGCCGAAACCUGAAAAGGCCCGUCUACCAAGACGACGUAGUCAACUUCAGAGGAGUCCGGUACACCGCUGCAGACCUGGAAGACAAAAGUGUGUGCAAACAUCACCUCGGUCCAAUGAAGGAGCAACUGUCCCUCCUCAUCUUGAGGAAGAUGGGAUUUGUACCUGAACACGUGGAGACCAGACGUCUAUACAGCCCACUUCAGCCCGACAUAGAGCAGGGGCGGCUGAUGAUGUGGGUGGACCUGUUCCCAAAAUCCCUGGGAACCCCCCGACCCCCGUUCAACGUGACGCCACGCAAGGCUAAGAAGUUCUUCCUGCGCUGCAUCAUCUGGAACACCAGUGACGUCAUCCUGGACGACGUCAGCAUCAGCGGGGAGAAGAUGAGCGACAUCUACGUCAAAAGCUGGCUCGACGGUCACGAACACAACAAGCAGAAGACCGACGUCCACUACCGCUCGCUGGGCGGAGAGGGAAACUUCAACUACAGAUUCCUGUUCCCCUUCCACUACUUGCUCGCAGAGCAGCAGUGCGUCAUCGACAGGAAGGAACAUUUCUGGAGUAUUGAUAAAGCCGAGACUAAACUGGCUCCUAAACUGACCAUCCAGAUCUGGGACAACGACAAGUUCUCCUUCGACGACUACCUCGGUCACCUGGUGAUGGACCUGAACAAAAUGCUGCGUCCGUCCAAGUCUCCAGAGAAGUGUGACCUUCAGAUGCUGGACCAGCCGACGGACAAACUGGUGUCUCUGUUCGAACAGAAGACGGUGAAAGGCUGGUGGCCCUGCACCUGUGAGCAAAACGGAGAGAAGAUCAUCGCGGGGAAGGUGGAGAUGUCUCUGGAGAUCAUGACGGAGCAGGAGCACGACGAGAGACCGGCGGGCCUCGGCAGGGACGAACCCAACAUGAACCCUCACCUGGAGGAGCCUCAGCGUCCAGAGACCUCCUUCCUGUGGUUCUCCUCCCCCUUUAAGACCCUCAAGUUCAUCCUUUGGAGGCGGUACAAGUGGCUCAUCCUCCUCCUCCUCCUCGUCUUCAUCCUCGUCCUCUUCGCAUGCGUCUUCCUCUACUCCUUCCCGAACUACUUAGCCAUGAAGUGGGUGAAACCUUUCGGGCCAGUGAAGGAAGCAGAGUGAAGAUGAUGAUGAUGAUGAUGAUGAUGGAGAGACGAGGAAAGUGGAAAGAAAACAGAGACAAGUUACAGAACACAUCCAGUUUCUAAAAGUGAAACGAGGAUGAUGUUAAAUGAUGUUCUUCUUCUUUUUCUUUUGCUUCUUCUUCUUCUUCUUCUUCUUCUUCUUCUUCUUCUUCUUCUUGAGUCUUUGAACGCAUUCUGUCAUCUUGUUAAAGUUGUGAGUGAUAACUUCAGUGAUGAACUUCAUCUGACUCUGUGUGUGUGUGUGUGUGUGUGUGUGUGUGUGUG